CCACAUCGGUUUAGUAUUGUUUUUGUUGCUCUUUUUUUGCUCUAUCGUCUAUUUGCUAGUGUUUGCUGUUGUUGUUGUUGUGUUUUUGUACGCGUCAUCGGCCGCGCGUUCGCGUCUGCGUCGACACAGCAGCAGCGAAAUGCAAAAAUAUAGCAAAAAUGUAUGGCAUUCCAGCAUGCUGGUGGCAGCUCAUCAACGUCGUUGAUGCUGCUACUGUUGCUGCUUCGGCUGCUGCUGCUGAGAAUGCUGCUGUGGAUGCUGCUGCUGCUAUUUGUGUUCGCCAUUGCCAUUGCCACAGCUAGAUUCAUAGCCAAGCAGCUAGUUGUCGUAAUCGUUGACUCGCCCUGCUUGCGCGCCGUUCGUCCGUUAGUCGUGUGUGGCGCUGUGCCGUGGCGGUUGAUAUUCAAGUUUUUCGCUUUCGCUCUAUCGGAAAAAAAAUAAAAUAAAGAGAAAUAUGCAAGAAUUUUUUUUAACAAAUAUAUUAUGUAAGCUGUAGCCAGUGACAACUAACGGUAUUUACAAAACUAAUUUUGUGUAAAACUAAUUUUCAUAAUUUUUUCUGGCUUGCCAAUGUGCGCCACGCCAUGGCCAAACGUCGCUUGUGAUUACGAAAGUCGCGUGUGAAAAACGAGAAAAGAAUUUAAAAUCUUCAUAAGUUAAUGGUGGCAGCAGCAUUUUGAAGGCGUUUAUGAAAUCCCCACCCAGUGCAACGGCAGCGCAGUAAACACGUAGCUCGGCAAUAAUAACAACAACUAAAACAAUUACAAAAAUUUUAAAAUAAAGCUCAGCCAGAUAGCGACGAUGACAGCAAUAAUAAUGAACAUUAAAACAGCAACUAGAACCCACCAUUAAAACCAGCAACAACAACAACAACGACACCAACGAAACAAGCGCGUAGCUGACAGCAAGAUGCACGAGCACACAGCACACAACGACCGCAGUGGAUAGAGCAUAAAGCAACAAAAACAAAUCACAAAAUAACAACAAAAGCAAAAACAACAACCAAAAUCGCAAACCAAACGGAAGUGCCUCACAUAGCAGGAGUGGCAAGAUAAAAAGACAAGGCAAAAAAUCAGAGAAGCGUAAAUGUAAUCGUAUACUCGAUUAUUCGAUGCUGGGAGGACCAGCAGCAGUAGCGGCAGGUUUAGACUGUGGCGGGGGUGUCAUAGAUAACACCAAAACAAGCAGUUGUGUGCCAGUUGUGUUGGUGCGGUGUUACCAAGAAAGGGGUGGUGUUGAAAGCGGAAAUCCAGCAAAAAUGCGGAGGCAAAACUGAGUGAUGGCAUUUCGGUAGGAAUCCGAAAAGCAAUAACAACAAAAAACCAGUCAAGUAAACAAAUUAAAGUGCUGACUAAAAUGCACAGAAAGAGAUAAAUGCCGAGAGUGAGAGGUGAGAAUGGCGAUAAAAAUUUAACAAUAACAACAGCAAAAUACAACAAUAACAAAAAAAGAAAUAACAAAAGCCAAAGCCAAAGCCAAACAGGAGAUUACAAAACAAAAACGUCAAAGCCAAAAGCGCUCAAAGCAAAGAUACGAUGAUAAUUUACUUAAAUUAACCCAAUCCAUCCAUUAAAAGGUAUUAAAAGAACGAACGAAACGAAAAAAAUAGAGCAUGCAAACAGUGUGCCAGAAGUGAGAGACCAACAAUUGGGAGACAGCAAGAGUGCAAGUGUAAAGUGAAAGAAAGAAAGAAAGAAAGAUGUCAAAGUGAAGCGAUAAACAGACAACGGAUAUAUAGACAUAUAGAGUAGUGAAGCAGCAACAACAAAAAUAAUAAUAGAAAAAAAAGAAUUCUUCGAAGAAGUGGACGGUAAAACUUAACGGCGCCAGGCACGAAGGCUGCUAGAAAUUGUAGAGCUCGCUUAGUGAGCUGAGCUCCAGAAGGAAGCGUUUGCAGGCGGAAGCUGAUGCUGACGCUGAUUGACAGCGCGCGCCAGCAGCGGAAGCAGUUAUAUGAUCCGCAAAAUGAAGGGAUUACGUUUUAGUCAAAAAGCAAACGAGCGACGAAAAAACAACAUUGACACCAACAACAACAACAAUAACAACACACACAACAACCAAACAGCAAGUGGACGUAGACGCGCGCGCACAAAAAACAAGUCGAAAAUAUGCAAAACAACAAAUGUAAUAAUAACACCAGUACAUAACGGUAAUGCCGAACAGCUGACAACGCCAUUAAUAUGUCGCUACAAUAACAAGAGAGUGAGCUGUAACGGUAGCCAGCGCUACUGUAGUAGCAUAGGCAGCAACAGCAGGAGCAGCAGCAGUUCGACCAGCCUCCCCACCUACAACCAGCAACAUUGCCGCGCCCCGGGCCAGCUGACGUACAGCAAAAUGCCAGCCACUGUGUCGUCGUCAGUGUGUAAGACAACAACAACAACUGCAGUGACUUUGGAGCCAAAAACUCGAAAGUAUAGUGUAACGGUGUUGGCGGAGCCGCAGCAGCAGCAGCAGCUGGAAAGUGUUCAAAAUCGUUGCCUUGCCCGCAAUCAAGAGCAUGAACGUCAACAUACAUCGUUCACAGCCACCAAACUCAUACAACACCAACAACAACCAGCCACAACCACAACCAGCAGCAACGCAACGUUGUCUUUAUUCACCAAAUCUUUGGCAGCAACUUUGUCAUUGCGCUCGCCAUCUACACGCCGUCGCCGCCAGCUCUUCCACAUCCAACCGCAGCAGCUGCGCUUUGGCAUGGCGCUCAUUGUGUUGGCCACCAUUUUAAUGUAUUCAUGCCCAUGCGCGUCGGCGUUGCGUCUCACAAAUGGCGGCAACACGAAAACUUUAUCCGCUAAUAAGGAGCAAUUAAAUAUUGGCCUAAUUGCACCGCACACAAAUUUUGGCAAACGUGAAUAUUUACGCGCCAUUAACACCGCCGUGCAGGGUUUGGCGAAGACACGCGGUGCCAAGCUGACAUUCCUGAAGGACUAUUCAUUUGAGCCGCGCAAUAUACACUUUGAUAUGAUGUCGCUGACGCCGAGUCCGACAGCCAUUUUAAGUACACUCUGUAAAGAGUUCUUACAAGCGAAUGUCUCUGCCAUACUAUAUAUGAUGAAUAAUGAACAAUUCGGUCAUAGCACUGCCUCCGCUCAAUAUUUUCUACAAUUGGCCGGCUAUCUUGGAAUACCGGUUAUCUCAUGGAAUGCCGACAAUUCGGGUCUGGAGAGACGCGCCUCUCAAUCGACACUUCAACUUCAGUUAGCUCCAAGUAUAGAACAUCAAAGUGCUGCUAUGUUGAGCAUUCUAGAGCGUUACAAAUGGCAUCAAUUUUCGGUUGUCACCUCUCAGAUAGCCGGACACGAUGAUUUUGUACAGGCUGUUAGGGAGCGUGUCGCCGAAAUGCAAGACCAUUUCAAAUUCACGAUACUCAAUUCGAUUGUGGUAACGCGCACCAGCGACUUGAUGGAAUUAGUGAAUAGCGAGGCUAGAGUGAUGCUCCUCUAUGCCACACAAAGCGAAGCGGUUACUAUUCUUAGAGCUGCUGAAGAAAUGAAGUUAACUGGCGAAAAUUAUGUGUGGGUCGUCAGUCAAUCGGUUAUCGAGAAGAAGGAUGCACAUCCACAAUUCCCAAUUGGUAUGUUGGGUGUACACUUUGAUACGAGUAGUGCGGCGCUGAUGAAUGAAAUAUCGAAUGCGAUUAAGAUUUACGCCUUCGGUGUGGAAGCAUAUCUCACGGAUCCAGCAAAUCGGGGGCGACGUCUCACAACACAAUCACUAUCGUGUGAGGAUGAGGGACGUGGACGCUGGGAUAACGGAGAAACCUUCUUCCGUUAUCUGCGCAACGUAUCCAUAGAGGGUGAUCUAAAUAAACCCAAUAUUGAAUUCACUGCCGAUGGCGAUCUCAAAUCUGCUGAAUUGAAAAUCAUGAAUUUGCGUCCUGGAGCAAACAAUAAGAAUCUCGUUUGGGAAGAGAUUGGCGUGUGGAAGUCAUGGGAGACGCAAAAGCUUGAUAUACGUGACAUCGCCUGGCCGGGUAACUCGCAUGCUCCACCACAGGGUGUACCCGAAAAAUUCCAUUUAAAGAUAACAUUCCUCGAAGAGGCACCCUAUAUCAAUCUCUCGCCCGCCGACCCAAUCAGUGGCAAAUGUCUAAUGGAUCGCGGCGUCCUUUGUCGGGUCGCGGCCGAUCACGAGAUGGCCGCUGACAUCGAUGUCGGGCAAGCGCAUCGCAAUGAAUCGUUCUAUCAGUGUUGUAGUGGCUUUUGCAUCGAUCUACUGGAAAAAUUUGCCGAAGAAUUGGGUUUCACAUACGAAUUGGUUCGGGUCGAAGAUGGUAAAUGGGGUACACUUGAGAAUGGUAAAUGGAAUGGGCUGAUUGCGGAUUUGGUAAAUCGUAAAACCGACAUGGUAUUGACAUCGCUGAUGAUCAAUACCGAACGCGAAGCUGUGGUGGACUUUAGUGAGCCAUUCAUGGAGACUGGCAUUGCGAUAGUAGUGGCUAAGCGUACCGGUAUUAUAUCACCAACAGCUUUUCUCGAACCAUUCGAUACGGCCUCGUGGAUGCUGGUUGGCAUUGUGGCGAUACAUGCGGCCACAUUUAUGAUCUUCCUUUUCGAGUGGCUCUCACCAAGCGGUUACAAUAUGAAACUCUAUCUACAAAAUGCUAGCGUAACGCCAUAUCGUUUCUCGUUAUGUCGCACCUAUUGGCUUGUGUGGGCGGUACUGUUUCAGGCUGCUGUACAUGUGGACUCACCGCGCGGUUUCACCUCACGCUUCAUGACGAACGUGUGGGCUCUAUUCGCUGUGGUCUUCUUGGCCAUCUACACUGCUAACUUGGCUGCCUUCAUGAUAACGCGAGAGGAAUUUCACGAAUUCAGCGGUCUGAACGACAGCCGUUUGGUGCAUCCUUACUCGCAUAAACCAUCAUUUAAGUUCGGCACUAUACCUUACAGCCACACUGACUCGACCAUACACAAAUAUUUUAAGGAUAUGCAUCACUACAUGAGACAAUACAACAAAACUAGCGUCGCUGAAGGUGUAGCCGCCGUACUCAAUGGCAAUCUCGACUCGUUCAUCUACGAUGGCACCGUGCUGGACUAUUUGGUGGCACAAGAUGAGGACUGUCGUUUAAUGACUGUCGGCAGUUGGUAUGCCAUGACAGGUUAUGGUCUCGCCUUUAGUCGCAAUUCAAAAUACGUCCAAAUGUUCAACAAACGUCUGUUAGAGUUUCGCGCCAAUGGUGAUCUGGAGCGUUUACGUCGCUACUGGAUGACGGGCACAUGUCGCCCUGGCAAACAAGAGCAUAAAUCCUCCGAUCCACUUGCGCUCGAACAGUUCUUAUCCGCUUUCUUACUACUAAUGGCUGGUAUACUAUUUGCCGCAUUACUACUACUGCUCGAACACAUCUAUUUUAAGUAUGUGCGCAAACGACUGGCCAAAAAAGAUGGCUGUCAUUGUUGUGCUUUGCUAUCGCUAUCAAUGGGUAAAGCGUUGACAUUUCGCGGUGCAGUUUUUGAGGCAACGGAAAUACUGAAAAAACAUCGCUGCAACGACCCGAUUUGUGAUACACAUCUGUGGAAAGUGAAGCACGAAUUGGAUAUGUCACGUUUGCGUGUGCGACAAUUGGAGAAGGCGUUGGAUCAGCAUGGCAUUAAGCCACCGCAAUUGAGAUUAGCGUCAUCUUCGGAUUUGUUGAAUCAUCAUCAUCUGAAAGAGCGGCCACCCUUGCUGGGCAAUUUGAGUUUAGCUGCGAGCGCACAAGAUCUAUACAGGUGGUCUUACAAAACGGAAAUUGCGGAAAUGGAGACGGUGCUGUAAGAGACCACAACCGAACAACAACAACAACAAUUACCACCGCACCACGCCACCACCAUAUGCCAACAACAACAACAUCGACACCACCAAUAUACACCAUGGAUGUAGGAGAGGAGGAGUGCGAGCAACAUGCAGAUGAGCCACCAACGGAUGAGUGAUGCUGCCUGGCUGCUCGUCUGCCUUUCAGCCAAUAACUCUAUUGAAUGCGGAAACAAUAGAUUUCAGUGGGAAAUGAGUAUGAAUGCUAAUAACGGCGUGCUCAUUUGUGGUUUAAACGAAAAAGGAAUAUAGGAAAUAUCAGGUGGCAAGGAGUAAAGAGCAGCGUACAGAAGGCAGCGGGGGGCAGCACAGCUAAUGGUGGAGGCGGAAACUUGCGAUUUUUGCAAGGAUUCUUCACAGCAAUAAGUUAACAAUGCAAGCAACAGAUGUAAAGAGUCAAAGCUUGGAGGCUUGAGUAAUGAUUAAGCUGAGCCAAAAAAAGAUUAAUAAUAAAAAAUAAUAAAUAAUAAAUAUGAAACAACAACAACAGCAACGCAUCAAAAACUAAACAUUGUAUGUAGUAUUUAUAUAAAUAUAUAUAUGUAUGAGUGUGAAUAGUAUUAUAAGAGCCAAAUGAAAAAUUCCAAUUCAAAGACGAACUUAAUGAUUACAAGUAAUAAUAAAUAAUAAUUAAUGAAAAUAAUAACAUUAAUAAGAAGCAAGAAAACAUGCUAAACACACAGUUAUAAAUCAAAAAUAGUUUUAUUGAACAUAAAAACACUAAAUAAAUAAUACAAACGAACAAUAAAAGGAGAGAAAAAAAUUGGUUUUAGAAAAGCAGGAAGCU